CCUUGGAAUCCACGUCCAACCCAUCGGCGCGGGUUGGCGGGGGUCCCGCGUUCAACGUCCACUGGAGUGGUGACAGCAGCCAACACGUACUGCAGCAGCAGCAACGUCGGAGGGCAGUGAAUCUUCGACUGGCACACCAUAGUGACGCCCCGAGGCUGAGCUGCAGCAGCCGGUGUGCCCAACGGCUUCUCCUCCACACCAGCCGAAUGCCAGUCUCAUCACCGAACCAAUUUCCCUGACUGCAGUCCGUACGCCUCAAUACGCAUUGAAGGUCACCCUCCUUGGCUUCUGCGCAGCCUUCUGUCUCGGUGUUCUGAUCCUCGACAGACAUCUUACGGGCUGAUUUCUACUUGGACGGCGAGACUCGCCAAGGUUGCACCGUUGCAUUCAGCGUCUACCUUGCAUCUUUAUAAUACGACUGAAUACCUGUUCUUCCAGCCCGCCGCUGAGCCGCCUCCUCCGCUUGUUAGUUCCAAUCCUACAAUAUUGGGCUGGAACUGUACUCUCCGAACAGCAACUACACAUUGCAAAGGGAACAACAGAAUAAUGUCGAGGUCAAUACAGCUCAAGGAAGAAGGCAAUCGCCACUUCCAGCAGGGCGACUAUGCUGGCGCGGAGGCCCUGUAUUCCAAGGCCAUCAUUGCCGACCCGAAGAACCCCGCUCUAUACACCAAUCGCGCAAUGGCACGCCUCAAGCUCGAGAUAUGGGAUUCGGUUGUGUCCGACUGCGAAUCGUGUCUCGGACUUACAGCCGACAACCUCAAGGCCCACUACUACCUCUCCCAAGCCCAGCUCGCCCUCAAGGACUACGAUUCGGCCCUCACGAAUGCCCAAAAGGCCCACCAGCUCUGCGUACAGACCGGCGAUAAGUCACUCGCGGCCAUCACCGCCCAGGUGUUGCGCGCGAAGAAAGAUAGAUGGGAUUGGAUGGAGAAGCGGCGAACACGGGAAGCACGACACCUCGAGGACGAAGUCAUUGAGCUGAUGGAGAAAGAACGUGAACAAGCCCUUACGAACGCAAUGGACGACGGGGAAAAGAGGGAGAUUGAGGCUGAAUGGGAGCAAAAGAUCGAGAUACUGAGGAGUACCUUUGAGAAGAGUCGCUCUGCCGAGGAGAAGAGACGUGAGGUUCCGGAGUGGGCUAUCGACGACAUCAGCUUCGGCAUUAUGGUCGAUCCUGUACUUACGAAGACUGGAAAGUCAUACGAGAGGGCAUCCAUCAUGGAGCAUCUCCGUCGCCACCCGAGCGAUCCCCUCACACGCGAGCCCCUACUGCCAUCCGAGUUGAGACCUAAUCUUGGCCUUAGACAAGCCUGUGAAGAGUUUCUCGAGGAGAACGGCUGGGCGGUGGACUGGUAGUCUUACGGAGUUGAGCUUGCAAACAUGUUGGCGGCACCCUCUGAUUUCAAUCAAUUGCAUAGCACGGCGUUCAUGGUCUCAUUGGGCGCGAAGAAUACCGAGUUGGAUACGACUUCGCAAUCGCUACUCAGCGACUAUAGACCUCGGGGAAGCUUUUCUCAGCACACAAUUCCGCUCCCAAAGUCUAGAAGGGAACAAGAAUGCAACCUAGCUUAGAUGUUGUGAUCAUUUGUGGAUAGACUGGAGUGUCUUAACGCAUGACAGCACCUGAAAGCAGUUCCUGACGGAGCUUUGGCUGCUAGGAUAUUGAUGGUAUUCGUCUUACGGGCCACUCAACCCUGAAAGCUUUAAUAGACACGACUCGCAUGAAAAUUUCGG